AUGACUAACCUAACAGAUGAUAAUGAAUGGACCUCAAAUUCAACAUUUUACGAUUACAUCCCAAUAGAAACAAAUUAUUGUAAUAUGGAUGAGACCUCCAGAUUCAGUGCUAUAUUUACUUGCAUCCUUUAUUUUCUGAUCUUCUUCUUCAGCUUGUUAGGAAAUAGCCUUGUCUUGUGGAUCGUGAUGAAAUAUGAAAACCUCAAAUCUUUAACAAACCUCUUCAUCCUGAACCUUUGCAUCACUGACUUGACCUUCUCAUGCACUCUGCCUUUCUGGAUUGUAUAUCAUUAUUAUGGAUGGAUUUUUGGUGAUUUUCUCUGCAAGGCAGUAAGUGCUAUCUUUUCUAUCAGCUACUAUGGUGGUAUCAUCUUUCUCACAAUCAUGACUAUUCUGCGGUACCUGGCUGUGGUUGAUCCCUUAUCAACCAUGAGAACACAGAACAAAAAAUGUAGUAUUCUGGUGAGCAUGGCCAUUUGGAGUAGCAGCAUAAUGGUUGCAGUACCUGAGAUCAUUUUUAUUGAAGUCAUAAUUGAUAAUCAUGGCAAACAACACUCUUGUUACAUUGGGAUGCUUAAAAUUUUGCUUAGAUCACGGUCUCAAAGGAAGUACAGAACUGUGAGACUCAUAUUUGCUAUUGUGGUGGUCUUUUUCCUGAGUUGGGCUCCUUACAAUGUGUUUAACUUUGUGUACGUUUUGUCUAUUCAGCAUGUCAUCAAGACAGAAUGUCAAACUCGCAACCAUAUCUUUUUUGCUUUUGAUAUCAGUCGCAAAAUAGCCUACUGUCAUUGCUGCAUCAACCCAAUCCUGUACGUCUUUGUUGGAGUGAAAUUCAGAAGGCACCUAAAACUCCUGUACAAGCAAUUGUCCCCUUGUCAUGGCAGAAUCUCUCCCUCCAGCCCAAGAAUGCAUUUAUCUCAUUUCGGUCCACAUGAUGAUGCAUCCAUAUACUGAAGCAAAGAUUCCUGGACUG